GCGUCAUCUGUUGUUUAGUUAGCACAAUCACAAAAAUUAAAAUAGUUUUUUAUAAUAAUAUAACAAACCAUAAUAUUUACUAUAUAAUAUGAUAAUUUGUUGUAUAUUCUCAAAAUAUUCCCAGUUUUAUUUAUCACAGUUUCUCUGUUCUCUUGGAAUUUUUAUUAGGAAUUUAAGUGAGACUUUAUUUUUAGUAUUUCAUGUUCGCAGGCUGACAGUGACAUUUUAACAACAUAACCUCAACUAUCCGCGGUGGUGGCCCUUGGUCUCUCGACUACAAUUCUUUCAAUAGAAAAUAAAAGUUUGAGGCUAACAAUACGAAGAUUAAAAAUGGAAAAAAACAAUUGUGAUAAUAAAGACAAUUUAGUAAAGUUCAGAUUACCGGACACUGUGAAGCCUUUGCUAUAUGAUCUGUAUCUUUAUCCAGAUCUAAAGACCGGACUAUUUCGAGGUAAAGUAAAUAUCUCUUUGGAGAUUUUAAAAGAAACAGAAAGUGUUAGCUUACACUCAAAGGGGCUAAAUAUUGCAAAUGUAAAGGUUGCCUCCCAGCCGGGAACAUUUACCAUAGAAAAGACAUACGAUUUACUGAACAUCAAGAGAAAAGAUAAUUCUAAAUUUAUACCUGGAUUUGAUAAUGUUGAAAUUGAGUUUGAUGGUGAUAUGAAAAACAGAAUUGUGGGGUUAUAUACCAGUAGCUACACAACCUCAUCAGGAGAGAAAAGGCAAAUUGCAACCAGUAAGUUUGAACCAACAUUCGCCAGACAAGCCUAUCCCUGCUUUGAUGAGCCCAAUUUAAAAGCCAAAUACAAAGUUCAUUUAUUGAAACCAAAGGAUAGUUCCUACAUAGCUCUAUCUAAUUAUCCUGUAGAGAAUGUAACCGAUUACGACAACGACCACCAACUGGUUACUUUCGAUGAAACUGUAUCAAUGUCGACGUACCUUUCAUGUUUUAUCGUUUCCGAUUUUACACAUACCGAAACGUCUUUCAAUAAUAGCGGAAAAGUUGUACCCCUUAAAGUGUUUGCUAGCCCUGAAAAUUUGGAUAAAACUAGAUAUGCAGGAGAAGUGGGAAAGAAAGUCAUCGAAUAUUACGUACAGUACUUUCAAAUGCCUUAUCCUCUGCCAAAAUUGGUCACGAUGAAUUGGUGGAAUGAUUUGUGGUUAAAUGAAGGAUUUGCCUCUUACAUUGAAUACAAAGGAGUUUUAGCAGCAGAACCUACUUGGGGCAUGCUUGAACAAUUUAUUAUAACCGAUUUGCAUCCCGUAUUAUCACUUGAUGCCAAACUAAGUUCUCAUCCAAUUGUUAAACAUGUUGUAACGCCAGAUCAAAUUACCGAAAUAUUUGAUAUAAUCUCUUACAAUAAGGGAGCAUCUAUCUUACGAAUGCUGGAAGCCACGGUAGGCGAAGAAGUUUUCCAAAAUGGCGUCAAAAAUUACUUAAAUAGGUACGCAUUUGGCAACGCCGUCACGAAAGACUUAUUAACCGAACUGCAGCUUUUAGUCGGAAAUAAAUUUGAUGUCACAGAGAUGAUGGACACAUUUACCCUUCAGAUGGGUUAUCCUAUAUUAGAUGUUGCCAUAUCAGGAGAUACUUACACUUUGACUCAGAAGAGAUUUUUAAAGGAUCCUAAUGCUAGUUACAAUGUAAAUGAAACCAAGUUUAAGUAUAGGUGGUCUGUACCAGUGACAUAUGUUACAAAUUUGGGCAAGUCUAGCGAAUUCAUACUUUUUAAAUAUAACGAUAAUCAGGUUACCAUAAAGAAACCAGCUGGAGCAACAUGGCUGAAAUUUAAUACCGACCAAAUAGGUUAUUAUCGAGUUAACUAUCCACUCGAUGAAUGGAAAAAUAUAAUAAACAACUACACUUUGUUUAGUACCGGAGACAAGACCCAUCUUCUAGAAGAAACUUUCAUGAUAGCCGAAGCCAAUCAAUUGAGUUAUACAAUUCCGCUGGAACUGACUAAGAAGUUAAAAAGACGAAAUCGAUUAUACACCAUGGAGUGUAGCUGCAUCCAAUAUAAAAGACAUUCUUAAUAGGCUUAGAGGUGCUAAGUCUGAAGUGAUCUCGGCAUACAAAGAAUAUAUUACAAAGAUUGUUUCACCUGCUUACAAUAAAUUUACUUGGACAGAGGGCGCAAGCGAUACUCAUCUUGAAAAGUUAGCAAGACUCAAAGUACUUAGUUUAGCAUGUACAGCUGAUCAUAAGGAAGCAUUGGAUGCAGCACGUUCAAAAUUCAAUACCUGGAUAGAAACUAAGCAGGCAAUAUCACCAAAUUUACGAAGUCUUGUAUAUAUUUACGGAAUUCAAAAUGCUUCUGAAAGUACUUGGGAUAAUAUGUUGCAAAUAUAUAUGAAUGAAACUGAUGCUUCAGAAAAAGUAAAACUUAUGGAUGGUUUUGACAAGUGUAGACAAUGUUAAUUUGCUGAAAAAAUUGUUGGAUUUGGUUAAAAACGAAUCUGUGGUAAGAGGUCAAGACUACCUUGUUGUGUUAGGAAGUAUUUCAAUCAAUCCCAAAGGAACUGAUCUAGUUUGGGAUUUUGUUAGAUCAAAUUGGGAAUAUUUAGUAGGAAGGUACACCUUAAAUGAGAGAAACUUGGGCAAUCUGAUACCUAGAAUUACUAGCAGCUUCUCUACUCCCGAGAGGUUACAAGAGAUGGAAGACUUCUUUAAGAAAUACCCAGAAGCUGGAGCUGGGGCAGCUAAAAGAAAAGAGGCUUUAGAAACCGUACGGAAUAAUAUGUUAUGGGUUUCUAAUUAUAAAAAAACCAUAGAAGAUUGGAUAGUUCAUCAAAGUGCUAUCUGAUUUGAUUUGUUUUAAUUGUGAACUAUGUUUUUUACACUAUUUUUAUUAAUGUACUUGUAAAUAAAUAUUAUUUUUAAUUAUU